GUUUCCGGUGUCUUUCUGCGCGCAGGCCCAGCGACCUCACGGAUAUUUUAUUUACUCCUGAAAUCCAAGAUGGCUGUCCUGAAUGCCUCGGUCCCCUAGCAAUUGAGGAUGCGAGCAGCUACUGAAAAAACAACUUUUCCCCGACCAUCUCUUCCCCUGGAACUCCAUUCGUAAGGUGCGGAGGAUACUCUUGCAUCUUACCAGCCUCUAAAUAUCCCUUCCAUCCAGGUUAAAUCCCUCUAAUUCGCCUAUUUAAAGUAGUUUCGCGAAGUAACCCUCUGUCGCUGUCUGUCCUGAGCGAGGUUGAGACAGCCAGCACAUCCAAAUGGCCGAACCGAGAAAAGUACAAUUUGUCACCCUGUCGGCCUUUGCCGCUGGUCCAGCCACUGAAUCUAGGAAACGCCGGUUGGACGACGAGGCCGACAUAAACUUUGAUGGAGAUCAAGGGAUUGGCAAGUCCACGACCGGGGCAUCAGGAGAUGGUGGAUUGUUCGGCAAAACUGGCGACAGAGACGGCGUUGAACCCAACAGAGCAACCGUGCGAUUAAACCUUUCUCUCAUCGAGCCAAACGACCAGUCGUCGGCCGAGUUCAAUUACAGCGAACUCAUUCAAUCCCUUCAGAAGAAGACACAGAAACCCAUACCCACACCCACACCACCCGCCCUUGACCCAAACGACCCCUUCAACGAUGACGAGAGGGAGCGCCAGCAGGUGGAGGCUUUAGCCAAGAAGUUUGAGAGUAAAUAUGGCAAUAGUGGUAAAAAGAAAAGGAAGGACCGCAUGCAGGACCUGAUAGACAUUGGGUUUGGAUAUGACGAGAGUGACCCUUUCAUUGAUAACUCGGAGGCAUAUGAUGAGCUGGUGCCAGCGUCGUUAACCACCAAACUUGGUGGCUUCUACAUCAACACGGGUACAUUGCAGUUUCGCGCCGCCUCUGAAUCGGAGGGUGAGGAUGAAGGCAAAGUGGCCACACCAGGGGGUGGCGACGUUCAGAUGAUCAAGAAGAGGAAACGGAAAGAGGGAGCCAUGUUGGAGGAGAAGAAGCCCAGGAAGAUCAGAGUGCCGAAACAAGGUGUGACUGGAAUGAACCUACACCGGCCAGAAAAGAAGAAGAGGAAGAAGCUGAUGAAGGACUCUCUGUACCUGGCGGCCAUGCUGCGGCGCUUCACUCGGGAGAAGGAGGAGAUGCGGCAGAAGAGCCCGGCCACCGCGCACCACCUGGGCCUGGCCAGCGCCCCGCACGCCAACCACAUGCUCCACAACUCCGGCCUGCCCGGCAACAGCUUGGUCGCCGCCGCCGGCAGCACCGACAUCUCUCUCGCUGACCUGACCGCCGACCCGGCCAUGAUGUCGCUGCUGAGCUCGGCCAACGAGAGUGAGCUGCAGGAUCUCCUGGGCGACCUGGACUUCAGCCUGCUGGACCCGGGUCCUCUGACGGCCAGCCCCGCCCGGGAGAAUGGGCUCAUGGGCGUGGGUGUGUCUCCAGGGCAGAAGGCGGGUCAGGGGAGAGGGCAAGUGGGGCUGGGGGUCGGGGCCGGGCUCCUGUCCCCUCCUCCUCUGCCCGCUGGGCUGCCUGCUCCGCUCACCAAGCGCAUUGAGGACCUACGGGCGGCCUCACGACAGUUUGACCAAGAGGGGAGGAAGAAGUUUUUCACCUUGGAUAUGAACAACAUUUUGCUUGAUAUUGAGCUGCAGGUCCAGGAGCAGCCGGCGGAGGUGCGCUCGGCCAUCUACUCCCACAUGGAGGCGUUCGUGCCCUGCAACAAGGAGGCCCUCCUCAAACGCCUCAAGAAGCUCAGCCUUAACAUCCAGGAUGACCGCCUGCGCACGCCCCUGUUGAAGCUGAAGCUGGCUGUCUGUAGCGUCAUGCCAGAACAGAUCGCAAGAUACAACAUGGACUGUGUGGCCAAGGCUGCUGCCAAGCAGCAGUCUGAGGAGGGAGAGAAGAAUGGUUCUGAGGAGGAGGAUGAGGAGAAGCCUGGGAAGAGGGUGAUGGGACCACGAAAGAAGUUCAUCUGGGACGACAAACUCAGGUCUCUGCUGUGUAACCUAGUGCGGGUGAAGUUGAGCUGUUAUGAGCAGGAGUCGCAGGCCCCUCUGUCUGUGGAGGACUACCUCAAGGCCUUCAUGGAGAACGAGGUCAAACCGCUCUGGCCCAAGGGCUGGAUGCAGGCCAGGAUGCUGUUCAAGGAGAGCAGGAUUGUGCACGGCCACCUUACUGGACUGGGCAAGAAAAGGGUGGUUCCUGGUCCCAAAGCGAUUAAAGCCAAGGAGGGUGGCUGGAUCCCGAGGCCCAGUCCAGUCGGCGUGAUCCCCUCUCCCUCGGCGGCGGUAAUCGUCCGCCGGCCCCCCACCUCCCCCUCGGAGCCCAUCUGCCUCUCUGAUUCGCUGGACGAAGACCUGGCCACCAACUCGCUGGACUCCAUCUCCCAUGCCCUGGCGCUCCUGAGCAACGCGGCCAAAGGCCUGACCCAGACCAACGGCCCGGCCGUCUCCUCUCCGGUCAGCAAGGCCAGCGCCACGCCCGGCCUGUCGGUCGGCCACUUUGCUUCCCCGCCAACACAUUCCCUUCCUGUGAAACUGGAGAGCCCAGUCAUGUCCCUGGCUAAUAUGAGCACGCUAACUACCUCUCCCUCCCUCGCGUCCUCCCCCGCGCUCUCCCGCCCGUUGACCAUUACCUCAUCCCCCUCCAGUUCUUCCCGGGCCGAGGCGUACGGAAUGCUGAAGGACGCCGGAGCGCUGUCGCAGGCCCAGAGACACUCCAUGACCCCCGGCCACAGGUCCGGCGCUGGACUCAACUCCCCCUCUCCCCCCAAACCGCGUCCCCCGCCCACCGCCUCCCCUCUGCUGCCCCCCCAGCAGAAGUCCUUCUGCCCCCCGGGGAUGAAGCCUGGCCAGGCCACGCCGCCGCCCGGGCUGCCCAAGAGCUCCGCGGGGAAAGCCGGCGCGGCCGGUAACGGUGGUGGGGUCGGCGGAGGCUCUCAGCAGGGCCGCGUGAACUUGCACCUCUCGCAGCUCUCGCAGCUCAACGCCAAGAGCCCCCAGCAGCCCCAGCGGCUGCCCAGCGGCUCGCCCUCCCCCGUGCCCUCGUCCCCCACCUCCUCUCACCCGCCGCCCAAAGCCGCGCACGCCCACCCGCAGUCCAACUUCAUCACCCCCAUGCAGGCCACGCUGACCAAGUCCUCCCACAGCAGCAGUUCGGGCAUCAUCAAGUUGACCCCGCGGCCCCCUGCCCCUACUCCGCCCCCGGCCUCGUCGCCGGCCCCCUCCUCCUCCUCCUCCUCCUCCUCACCCUCGCUCGUCCACUCCCGGCCGCAGAUGAUGGCCAACUCCCACCAGUACAGUCCCAAGGGCGCUGGCUUCCGACCCCCAUUCACAGCACAGGGAGGCUCGUCAGUCAAGCCUGGCCAGGGGAUCUACAGCUUUGCGGGCGGCCAGAAGCCCUCCACCCCUCUGAGUGGGGGGGCAGGAAACACUAACCCCGGCCCCAUAGGAACGCCCCCUUCCAGCAGUCAGCAGGACAACAGCCCCUCCCCCUCUGGGAUAUCGGCCAAUCACGGACAGAGGCAGAGGUCCGUAGGAGGGUCUGGUCAGAGUGCCAAAGCUGUGACCAGUCGGGUGCCGGCCUCAACACUGGCAUCAACGCUGGCGUCAACCCUGGCCUCAACGCUGCCCUCGUCAGUAGUCACUUCACACCUGUCACAGGUCUCGGCGGCCGCGGGCACCAAUCUGCUGGGCCCUUCUCUGCCCCUGGGCUUCGGCAUGCUCGGGGGCCUGGUGCCCGUCUCCCUGCCCUUCCAGUUCCCGCCGCUGCUCAACUUCAGCCCGCCCGGUGCCCCCGGCAGCAUGGGCGCCUCCGCUGGCACCAACUCAGGAUACACCCUGGCACAGAAUCUGUUUAAGAGCCUCCAGUCAGGGUCUCAGGCUGCUCUACCUCCUCACUUGCAGCUUGCUUUCUCAGAUACAAACCAAAGCCAGGGUGGAGAUGUGAAGAGGAAGACUCACUGAGCGGUCAAACGCCGCCCGCCACUCUGAGCACCACUGAAGCCACGGCAUCAGCUCUGACUGACACUGCAGUGGGACACUGCAAAAGGAUACAUUUUUUUUCUCCUAUUGAUGGACCUAACGCAUUAAUGACCCUCAUUCUAAUUAUUGUCAUUCUAUUGAUUACUGUUUUGGAAUGUUAGGAAGGGUGACUGCGUUUUUGUUUUGUUUUUAAUUUUUUGUUGUCAACAUGUUUACAUGACAGACCUUUAUCACUGUGGAGAGAGAGAGGGGGAGUGUAGGAGAAAAGAAGCUAUAUAAUUUAAUUAGUAUUUAAGUCAGUGUUGGCCGGACUUUCCUGUGUAAAGAGUUGUUGAAUAGGACUUCUAUCUCUGUUUUUGAUUUUAAUUUGUAGAGAAGCGACUCCCUCUCUCCGUCUGUGGGGUGGUGGUCCUCUGUUCUGUUGCCCUUCCUACAAACAGACUGUUAAUACAGUAGCUAUUAAUAUGGAUAAAUUAUUUAUCAUUUCCUCACAGGGACAUAAAAUUAUGAUGUGUGUGAGUGGGUUAAUAUGGGUGUAUGUAUAUAAAUAUACAUAUAUAUAAAUAUAAUAUGCUCUAUUUUCUUUCCAGGUCAGUGUGUGUGUGAGCUCAUAUCCCCCUUUCUUACACAGUGUCUUUGGUGCUGUAUAUUACACUGGACCUUGAAAUGGAAAAAAAAAAUUAACUUGAAACGGUGAAAUGGCUCUUUUUUGAUAAACUGAGCAAGACGUGUCCGUGGGAUGUGUGUGUGUUGUGUGUGUGUGUGUGUGUGUGUGUGUGUGUGUGUGUGUGUGUGUGUGCGCGUGCGUGUGUGUGCGCAUGUGUGUCACAGGUGGAGAGAGUGUCUUUAGUCUACUUGAACUUUUAUUUCUGAAUAUUUCAUUGCUUAUCAAUACAAAUCUCCAGUACUCAAUACAACAGAUCGCCUUAGUUUGUAUGUUUGAACUAUGCAGGACUAUUUCUGGCUCAUGCACAAGCACAGCCUCACGCCUCAGCUACUGCGCUCUGCUCCUCCUCUCCGCGGGAGGCGGCCGGAGGAUCGCUCGGUUUCUUUUCUGUGCAGGGCGUCUGUCUCUCAGACUUGUACAUGUAUCUCUCAGCUUCCGCUGACAUACCUCCUCUGGAAAACUCAGUUCUUCCUGCAUUUAAGCUACUCAUCCUCCUCAUCUACCGAUUACUUCCUCUAGCAUUAAUCACUCCCGUGGGGGUUUUGACCGAUUGAAUGAACAGUGGCGCCAAAGAAAAGUUGGAGGAUGGAUCUAUCUGUCGGCUCACGAGUUGGCAAAAAAAAAAAAUAUAUAUAUAUUGUGCGUGUGCGAGCGCAAGUCUGUGUAUGCGUGUUCAUUUGAUCAUAUUCUUGAAAAAGAUGUACUUAAGUGUUUUUCUCAGUGGGCUGUCUGGAUGUUGUGAAAGGAUUUUUUUUUCUUCUAAAAAGCCACAUAGGUUGAGAACACUUGGAGUCACAUUCGGACAAUAUUACAUUUCACUGUCUUUGACUCCUUAUUUUUAUCUUUUUAUUUUGUAGAUUAUUUUUGUGUGUUGAUUCUAAAAUAAAAAAAUAUGCUGUCAGCUUUUGGUACGAUUCUUGUGUAAGGCCACCUGGCCUCAUUUAUCACUGUUUACAAGUUUGUGCGUAGGUGUGUAAACGUCUGUAGCAGUUUCCCCUUGGAUCUUUUUUUUUUUUUUUUACUUGAAGAUGGUAUCACUUAGUUUGAUGGCUUUGUAUUGGAAAGAAAGUGCUAAUCUUCAACAGCACUACUAAGGUCUGAAAAAUUAACUCUUAGACACUUAGGGCCUAGGCUUAGGCUCUACACUAAUUGUCUCCACUUUUCUUAAAUUUGGGUUGAACAUGCUUUGAUGUGAUGUAAAGGGAUCUGACAGAUGAUGGAGACAUCUCAGUAUUCAUUGUGGAAUUCUUGGAAACUUGAAAUGUUAUCUAAAGUCUAGGAGGAAAAAAGGUAAGAUUCCAAAUUUGCUCUGCAACCAACUGUAAAAGCACAUUUUUUGUUCCCAUGUGUGGAACGAGCCUACCUUCUGAAAUUAUGAAAUGCCAUGUUCAUCAUUGUACCUGUAAAAGAGGGUUUACCAGAUGGUAACAUGAACAGUCACCUGUGAAAGUAAUAAAUCACAUUCCUUCUA